AUGGCUCCACGCGACCGCACGGCAGAGUUCCACUCGGCGCUCAGCAGCAUCAAGGCGCGCACCGCGCUGCCCGCGAAGAAGCGCGACGGCGCCAAGCAGCCCCUGCUUGCCGGUGCUGGGCCGAGCGGGUCGAGCAAGUCCGAGUUUGGACGGCUCGCGGGGAAUAUCGCCAAGGAUAUCAAUAAUACCACGUUGAAGCUGCAGAAACUGGCACAGUUGGCCAAGCGCAAAACGCUCUUCGACGACCGCCCGAUCGAGAUCAGCGAGCUCACCUACAUUAUCCGCCAGGACAUUGCGUCGCUCAACACGCAGAUUGCGGGCCUGCAGGCGUUUGUGCGCGCCAACAAGCCGCCCGCAGGCUCGGGAAAGCAGGUCGAGGAGCACAACUCGAACGUUGUCAUGAUGCUCCAGAGCCGCCUGGCAAACAUGGGCAUGGGGUUCAAGGACGUGCUCGAGCUGCGCACGCAGAACAUGAAGGCGAGCAGGGAUCGCACCGAGCAGUUCAUGCACUCGGCCAGCAGUGCCGCAGUGCCGCCGCCUGCGAAGGACUCGCUGUUACUCAACCAGCCGGCACCCGGCGGCCCAGGCUCAGGCCUCGACAGGAAAGGCAAGGCGCGCGCCGCGCCAGGCGAGGGCGCCGACUUCCUCGCGCUCAACCUCGACGGCGACGGCAAGGCGACGAGCGGGCAACAUGCCGAUGCGGGCGGAUACCAGCAGAUGCAGCUGGUGGAGCAGCAGGUCAGUGGGGACAACUACAUCCAAUCCCGCUCCACCGCCAUCGAGUCGAUCGAGUCGACCAUUGCCGAACUAGGCCAAAUCUUCUCCCAGCUCGCCAACAUGGUCGCAGAGCAGCGCGAAACGGUGCAGCGCAUCGACGCAGACGUGACCGACAUCUCGGCGAACGUGUCGGGUGCACAGAGAGAGCUGCUCAAGUACUAUGCCAGUAUCAGCAGUAAUCGCUGGCUCAUGCUCAAGAUUUUCGGUGUGCUGAUUAUUUUCUUCCUCGUCUUCAUCCUCGUGUCGUAG